AUGGUUUUUGCACAAGAACACUACCCUGUCGCACUGGUCGGCAUCUCCGCAGAGCUCCCAAGCGGUCCUCAUGGGACAAGCAACCUUGACUAUGCGUCGUUCUUCGACUUCCUCGUGAACGAGCACCAAGCUUACGAGAAAAUCCCGAGCGAUAGAUUCAACAUAGACGCUCUCAAGGGAGUCAAUAUCGGUGAAGUGUCUGCCGCACAAGGCGCAUUCUUAAAAGAUUUAGAUUUAUUCGAUCAUAUCGAGUUCGGAAUCAGCAGCAAGGACGCUAAGAAUAUGACAAUUGGAACGCGAAAGCUCAUCGAGUUGGCGUUCCUGGCCUUGUUGGACUCUGGAAUCGAUUAUAGAGGUAAAAAUAUUGGCGCUUACAUGGCAAGCGUCGCCCAUGACGCUUGGAUGAUUGCCGGCGAGGAUGAAACCGAAGCUCGUGGUUCAUUGGCGUAUUCCCCUUCAAUGGUUGCUAACCGUGUAUCAUACCACCUGGACCUACGCGGACCUUCCAUCCCCACAGAUACUGCUUGCAGCUCCAGUCUUUCGGCCUUCCAUCUCGCCAUUCAGGCAAUACGUAAUGGAGAGUUUGUGGAUUGGCUGGCAUACAGUCAAGGUGGAAUUCUUGCACCAGACGGUGUAUGCAAACCUUUCGACGCUUCUGCUAAUGGAUUUUCUCGGGGAGAGGGUGCUGUUGUUAUGGUCCUCAAACCGCUUGAAAAGGCUCUCCUUGAUAAUGACCACAUCUAUGCUACUGUUCUGGGCACUGGUAUCAAUUCCUCCGGUUCACUGGCUCCUGCAAACUCCCCUGUAGCCUAUGCUCAAAGGGAUGCAAUGCUCAGAGCCUUCAAACAAGCUGGCCGUCAGCCAAAUGAAGUCGAUUUCGUCGAGCUUCAUGCCACAGGCAAGUUCCUGGCACUCAGGACUGCAAUCGGCGAUCCAACGGAAGCCAACUGGGUUGGAGAGAACUUCAUGAAGAACGAUAACAAGGAGCUCCUUAUAGGUAGCGUGAAAGGAAACAUAGGUCACCUUGAGAUCACGGCGUUCCUUGCGUCACUGUGUAAGGUUUGUUCCAUGUUUGAAUCAGGAAUCAUCCCCCCCAAUGUCAAUCUCUCCAACCCCAAUCCGGCCAUUCGUUGGGAUGACUUCCAUCUUCGCGUCGCCUCAUCGCCAACCUCAUUGCCCUGUCAAUCCACUACUGGACGCUCGCUGAUCUCGUUGGCGAGCUCUGGAAUCGGCGGUGCCAAUGGUCACUGUGUUGUUGAGGGUCCUCCUACAACCAAUCCUGUGGUGCCGUUUUGGCGGUCGGAUGCCAUUCAUGCUCCUCACCUUUUGAUAGCGGGUGGCCUUUCUCCGCGUUCAACAGCAGCCGUGGGCGAAACUAUACGAGCCAUAGAUGGUGACAAAUUAUCUUCUGCAGCAGCGACAUACGGACGUCGAUCCAGGUCUAUGCCCUGGCAUUCAUAUGCGGUUACUUCAUCAAAUGCUCCCCCUCGUUUUAGUGAGCCUGUUCUCGCUCCCCGCACUCCUGCCCCACUCGUAUUUGUAUUUUCGGGACAAGGUCCCCAGCACUUCGAAAUGGGUAGAGAAUUUUUCAGCUCCUGCGCUGUCUUCCAGAAGAGCAUACUUGAAAUGGACGAAAUACACAAGCUUUCAACUGGGUUUUCGCUCAUCGCACACACUGGUCUUUUCACUCAAGAAUCUCGCUCUGCAAAAGCACUUGGCGAUGUCUGGCCUAUUGCAAUAACUCUUCCUGCUCUAACCAUGCUCCAAAUCGCAACUUUCGACUCUCUCGUGAGUAUUGGGGUGAAGCCUACUGCGAUUGUGGGCCACUCUGCAGGAGAGACUGCAUUGUUAUACGCAUCGGGAGCAGGUUCCAAAGCCAUGGCCGUGGAGCUUGCAAUUGCGCGCGGACGGGCUAUGACGCCUGUCGAAGGCGCAAUGGCGGCAGUCGCAUGCUCUCCUGAACAUGCCCAGGACAUCAUAUCUCAGAUACGCACCGAACAAGCCAAGGCCGAUGUGGAUGUUGCGUGCUAUAAUACUCCUGACGCCGUCACUCUAUCGGGAUCAUCUGCUGAUGUCGACCUCGCAGUUAAACGCGCGAAAGCCGCAGGAUUUUUGGCCAAGCGAUUAAAUACUACCAUUCCUGUGCAUUCCAGCCUGAUGGACGCCUGUCGUGACGAGUUUAUGCAGUUGGUAACAGACAUCUUCGAUCGCUAUCCUUCACAGCCGCCUCAAAUCCCGACGUAUUCCACUGAAUGCGGUAUGCUGAAAGUUGACCGAUUCAGUGCAGAAUAUUAUUGGUCUGGUACACGUGGCCCAGUGCAAUUCACGGGAGCAAUCCAGCGUAUGAUUCGCGAUAUCGGUGUUCCGAGCUUUGUAGAAAUAGGACCCCACCCAGCUCUCGCUAGUUAUCUUGUAGCCCUCGGCGGCGAGACAGCGACUGUUGUCUGUCCCUUGCGCAGGCCCAGGCCCAAUCAAGGAGAAGUAGUUUCUUUCCUUGAUGCUUUGGGCAAGCUGGCGGUCGCUGGACAUUGCUGUAUCGACUUCAAUGUGCUCAAUGGAUGCACCGCAGCAGAUGUCGCAAAACUACCCGCCUACCCCUUUUCGCGCAAGAAGGUCCUCUUGUACCCGAUUUCUUCUGGCAUCAAGAGAAUUCGCCAGCCUCGUAAUGGCCCGUUGAACUACUCUCAGCUUCGUAUCAACUCCAUGACACACCCUUACCUGGCUCAACAUGUGAUUCAAGGCGAGCCCAUCAUGCCUGCUGCAGGAUACCUUGAAAUGGCAUUGGAAUUUGGCGCAAGACAAUUGUGGGAUGUCAGCUUCUCAUUCAUGCUAGCUUUAUCUGGAGAUCAACCGGUGCCAGUUGAGGUUUCCACUGAAGGACCUCGUUGGUCAGUGCGCUCUGCUCUAGUGAAUCCAUUGCAAUCGUCUGGUGCACCACCCCAAUACGAUCGUUUGCAUGCUGAGGGCUACCUAUCUCUUGAUGCUCAAAUUCCAGCCUUACCAGCUGUGGACAUUCAGGCGAUAAAGGAACGCUGCACGCAAGUUGGCAUUGAAGGCUUUUAUGAUGGGCUCUACCACUUCGCUCAAUAUGGGCCAGAUUACCGAAGGAUAUUGGACUGCUACCGGGGUACUAGCGGGGGGCGUGACGAAGCUUUAGUGCAGAUCCGUGGUGAUGUCGGGGACCUUCCAGGACUGGAGAAGUUCAAGCUCCACCCCGUCAUCUUCGACUCCGCAAUUCAUAUUCUGGUCCAUCCGAUUUUCACCCAUCUUUCAGACGAAACAUUGUACUAUCUUCCUUCUCGCCUGCAAAAUCUGACGGUUCAUGAAGCGCUUUUGACUUCCCCGUUCCCGCGGUCUAUUUAUGCUCAUGCUGUCUUCCGCCAGUGGACACCUCAAUCUUUGACAUAUGAUGUCACCCUCCUGGAUGAAGCCGGAAAUCGUCUCUGCACCAUGCAAUCAUUCGAAGUUGCCCUCCACGGAGAGUCCUCUCUAUACGGGCCGACUUCUCGCUUCGACUUGGUGCAUGAGCCCACCUCACUUGACCUGUCUUCGUGUCGUAACCCGACCGAGGACCAAACCAGAGAUGGCUCAAUGGAUGCUAGCACAUCAUCACCUCCGCUCAACAUCAUCGCUUACGAGCAUGGAAAAGAGACAGAACUUCAGUCGAUAUUUUCUGCACUGGACGCCACCACUCCGUGCGACAUCUAUAUUACAGCACUCGCUGGUCCGGACGGAGACGGGGCUACCGGAUUCGCGCGAUCCUUACGGAAGGAACAUCUCUUGUGGACAAUUUGGGCUGUGGUGUUCGACUUGGAGUGGGACGAUGAAAGCAUAAGACGGGCAGUUGAAGUUAUGUCCAAGACGCCCCAGACGGAGACCGAGCUUACGGUGGACGCAUCCGGAUUGGUCCAUGUCCCAAGAAUAACACCUUGCGAGGGCCCGAAGAAGAUUUCUCCUUUCAACUUCCAAGAACCAUGGCGGCUCGAGAAGUCUGCAGUUGUUCAAUGCUCGUCUCCUCCUUCGGACUCUAAUUCGGCUGUCGUGCAUGUGCGAAAUGUUAGCCGAUCGGAUGAUCAGAUAUGGUCUUUCGUUGGCUCCUUGGGCAGCUCACACAAAAGUGUCACGGGGAUAUCCACUUCCCCUGUUGGAAACACCAUCGUAUCGCCACUGGAUAGCAUGGUGGAUGUCCCAGUGGCCAUGGAUGUUGACGCACCGAUGGGACCCCCUGUCCUCGCCACUGCUAUAGCAGUCCUUGCUGUUGGUUCUGUGUAUUUUGAGAACCCUGGAAGGUUCCGUGGAGAGAUUCUCGUGACGCAUGCAGAUACUCAGACUAGCAUGCUGAUUGCUCAACUCUACGUUCUCCAAGGCUUCCGCGUCACUACUCUAAAGCAACAUGCAACGGACUCCGAAAUUAGCCACCUCCCCAACGGCCAUUUCAGUAUAAUCGUCUCUGAGUACAAAGACACGGCAACACUUCACCUCUUAUCACGCCUCUUGACGGCUAACGGGAAGACGUUUGCAUGGAAGCAUCCUACAAAAGGCUUGCAGUCGCUGCUCGCCUGCGACCCGUGGUUAAUUGGCCAUGCUAUUCGUCUUGGAUCAAGUGUAGUUGGCAACGCACUCAGGAUUCCUAUGUGCAACAUAAGCGAGCUCGUAACUGUCAUGCCUGGCGAUCCUGUCCAUGUGAAGAAACACCUCUUCAGCGACAAGAAGGCAUAUCUACUGGUGGGAGGUCUCGGCAGUCUCGGACUUCAGAUUGCCCAGUGGAUGUACAAGAAUGGGGCUCGGGAAAUCGUUCUGACCUCGCGGACUGGGCGCGCUGGAAUUCAGCGCAGGGGAGAUACUGCGUCUCUGCGCAUCAUCACAUAUCUCGAGAGCGUACCUGAUUUGAAUUUGCGCAUUGAGGCGAUCGAUGCCCUCUGCGAGCCUGACAUGAAAUCGUUGGUGCAACAACUCCAGAACCCGCUCGGGGGAUGCAUGCUACUCUCCGUGGUUUUGGCGGAUGGUCUCUUUUCUGGGCUAUCCGCUGAGAAAUUCAAUGCGCCAUUCCAUCCCAAGAUUGGAGCCUUCGAGGUGUUAUGCAACACAACCGAUACAAACAAGCUGGAUUUCUUGAUUUCAUUCUCCUCAGUGUCGGCACUAUUUGGGAAUGCAGGUCAAACUAACUAUGCUGCAGCAAACACUAUAUUGGAUGGCAGAAUGCGCACCAUGCCAAACGCAUUCUCUAUUGUAACUCCUGCAGUCACAGACUCGUUCGUCGCAUUGGGUGCAACAAAGCUUAGACACUUGACGGAUUGGGGAAUGUCAUCUCAAAGGGUCCUCCAAUUCAUCGAGGAAGGCAUUCAAAAGCUUGCUGAUGGUCCUUUCUGGUUUUAUAUUCCGGAUUUCGACUGGGAAGCUGUCUGUGCCAACCUGGGGAACGCUCCCAUGUAUGACCACUUAUUGCCCGAGCGGACGAUUGCGGAAGACGGAGCGUCAACCGCAAAAGACAGUGUUUCGAUAAGCGACAUAUUGUGUGCCACCCUGGACAUUGCGCACGAAGAUUUGGAUCCAGACGUUCCUUUAACGGUUUACGGUCUGGAUUCAUUAUCUGCUGCAAGGCUAUCCUUUGCCUUGAACCGCUUCUUCUCCAUCAGCCAAACCCAGCUCCUUGCGAACGUGACCCUUCGGAGUCUAGAAGCGCGAUUGGAGGACCAGCAGCUGUCCGCCGUCACUGAAGCGGAGCAGAGGAGCGCAUCUGCGCUUCACAAGGUAUCUGAGAUGAGGUCCUUGGUCGCAAAGUACACGUCUGGAUUCAAAAGCCCCAAGACGCUGUUGCCUUCCUCUCUCAACUCACGAGACUGUGUUGUUCUCGUAACUGGUACCACAGGAGUCGUGGGUGCAAACCUUCUGGAAUGCUUACUCCGUGUACCACAAAUCACUCGCAUAAUUCUCCUCAAUCGUACGAAGCCCGGAACUCCGACUAUGAUGGAACGUCACCAAGAGAUUUUCAAGGCACAGUCCCUCGACCCGACAGGACUGGACACAGACAAGGUCGUGUAUUUGGAAGGCACUCUGGACAAAGAUCACUUUGGGCUGUCGACUGACACAUUCAACGAAAUGGCUCGAAACGUCACCCACAUUGUUCACGUUGCUUGGCCAGUGGACUUUGCGAUUCCCCUCGCUGCAUUUGAGCACGCUAUUCACGGUCUGCGGAACUUGGUGGACUUCGCCAUUUCCUCGCCCUGGCAAGUUCCGCCUCAAUUGCUUUUCACAAGCACAGUCGGCGUAUUAAGUGGCCUCACAUCGUCGAGCCCUGUGGAGGAGGCUCUUGUACAUGACCCCAGUAUAUCUGUUGGUGCGGGGUAUAUCGAAAGCAAAUGGGUUGCAGAGCAGGUUUUGGCAGCGGCUGCUGAUGCCACGCGCCUGAAGCCAACAAUUAUUCGCCUGGGGCAACUAACCGGAGGGCGCAAGGGGUACUGGAAAGUAACGGAAUGGAUACCAUCCAUGAUCGGAUCAGGCCUCUCUCUUGGCGUUUUGCCUAACCGUGUUAAUACUGUAAAUUGGCUUCCAGUUGAUGUGGCGGCGGCAUCGUUGGUUGAGAUGUUUGAUUCACCCCCUGGCGUGUAUCACUUCACACAUCCAAGUCCUGUUUCAUGGACUAUUCCGAUGCAGGAAGCUGCUCGCAUCAUGAAUGUUCCAUUGGUCCCCUAUGCUCAAUGGCUCGCUUCUUUGGAGAAACAGGCGUCAUCACAAACGUCAAAAACUUUGCAAAACCCUGCGCUGAGGUUACUUGACUUCUUCAGGUACACCACUCGGAGAAAGAACACUACGAACACCGAGAAUUUCUUAGAGCCAGAGCUCUCGUGCGCUAAAGCAUUGCAAGAAUCUUCGACACUACGAUCAAUGGUCUCGAGCCCACUGGGAGCUCAGGAUGUAGCUAAAUGGAUGGGAUACUGGCGCAGCGUUGGCUUUAUUACUGUCUGAUUCGAAAUUAUCACCCUCC